AGUAAAAUUUUAUGACUGAGUCUGUUAACAUGGAAGAGCCGCCUCUGCGUGAUGUCAUGAAUGAUCGCAACAAUUCCUCUAUGGAAACUGAACCCAACGUCUCAAACAAAGAAAGCAGCAGUCUUGAGCCGAGGGUGAACAAAAUUGAGUCAACUGAAACUACUGCUGCUCGGCAACUUGUAGAACUCGGGUGGGGAGUUCAAGCUAAUAGUGAUAGUGACACGAGCGGCAGUGUGAACAAAGAAAAUUAUCACUUUUUGGACGCACCAGACGUUGUUCGACUGUCUCGAAAUACAAUUGACUUACAAAGAAAAAAAAGCGCAGAUGAAACUUCGAACCGUGGUUCAUCAUUGUCUAGACAUGAUUACGCCUUGAAAAAAGACAUUCAAGCGAAAUUUGAUGAAUUUUUGAAUGAGCAGCGGGAUUUCACGCAGAAUUUCUGGCUGAAAAAUUACUACGAAAAUGAGGAUUCAGAUUCAAAUCAAAGUGAUUUUGAAAUACCGUUUGCAGACUUUUGUGACACGCAACGGGAACGAAUAAAAAGGAGAGACAAGCUGGAAAGGCACAAAAUGCUGAAAGAAGAGGCAGAGAAAGUUUACCCGUUGAUUGAUUUCAGCAAGUACGAGAAACCGAAAGAAGAGGUCAAUAAGCUGACAGAAUCUGUAGACCAAAGCAAGAAAGUGGAAGAAGUACAACAGGUGCUAAUUGAAGCUGCGAACUCAUCAGGAGCUCCUGAAGAUGACUUGUCUAGCGAACGUCUCAAUAGACCAAGACGGUCAGCCGCGAUGCGCAAUGCUGCGAAACCGAGCGAUGAUGUGAGCGGUGCUGCAGCUACCAAUGCUUCAGAUGUUCCCAAACCCGAAUCCUCGAUGGAACUUGACAUUGCUGCUGGACCAGUAACUAGUGGUAUAACAAAAAAUGAAGCUAUUGAAGCAAGUGCAGAUGUUAAUGGAACCAAUUUGGCUCCUCAAGAUUCUCAGACAGCACCAACUGAUGAUUUGAAACCAAAAUCUUCUCGUGCAGCAAAAAGAGCUGCUGCAAAAGCAGAACCGACGACAGAUCCGACAACUGAGGUCGCUGAAGUCGAAGAGGACAGAAGAAUUCCGUUCACGGCAGUCGAAGAAUGGGGAAAUGUGUUCGGAUAUUCGGCUUCAGGAGAAGAAAUAGCUGUAAUUGAAUUGAAACCGGUAGUGCGACUACCGCCUUACUUUCAGUUUCUUAGAACACCGGUGAAUGUACGGGUUCCAGAUGCGACGGAGUUGCAAAACUGUCCUUAUUUGGGAGAUGAGUUGGGAGCGAAAGACAAAAAAUUUUUGGAUGAUUUGAUUUAUAAUUUUGAAGGUAAACUUCGAGCCUGGGGUGAAAUCGAGGAUAUUCCGCCUCAUUUGUUUGUGGAAAUUACCCAAAUGGUUUGGGAGUCAAUGGGUGUUAAUAUUAAAGCUCCUGAAUUAAAUAUUCGAGAUCCACCCAUUACGGUUUUUAAAAAACUCGGAAAGAUGUUUAAAAGUGACGAUUACAUCAAAUUAAAAGAACGAUAUGUUAAUUUUUCAAGCGAUAAAAACGAAAUCAAAAACCUAAGAGACUUAACUGACACGACUAAAGUAUUUACACGUGAAGAAAGUUUGAAAACAUUUGCAAAAUUUUUCUGUCGAAGGUGUUAUCGAUACGAUUGCGAAAUGCACGAUUCGAUCCCACUUCCAAAACCAAUGAAAGCUUUAUCAGACUUGCCUAAAAAUAAUAUUGAGUUAUGUAAAGAGAACUGCUACAUGGAAUAUCAUAAAUGCAUAUACUUUAUCGUAUCAGCUGAAUUGGGAAAUCAAUGGACGAAAAGAUAUGAAAGCGAAGAGCCAAUGUGGUCUAAUCACGAAUUGACUUUACUUAACCUUAUCAAAGAUGGACAUGGCAAGAAUAUUUGCAAUAUAGCGUCAUGCUUUCCGCGAAAAAAAUGUGUCAAUGUUUUCAAUCAGUUGUUGAAAGAUGGAUCUUUGAGCAGGCUGAAUUUUAAAGAUACCAAACCGAAAUUCGAAAUGAGUGCAAGUGCAGAGGUUGCGAAUCGAUACGAAGUUGCCCCGGGAGUUUACGUUACGAAACGAGACCAGACCAGUAGAGGAAUGGAAGCAACAAUGGACUCUGUGAUGAAAGUGUUAGCCAAGCAGCAGAAUCUGCCAAAGAUGCCUUACUACCAAACAUGUCAACACGAACAGUUCCAAGAUGGUCGGCCACUUCUCUGUGGAAUGACUACUGAAUCUUGCGUCUGUGUCGGCAAGAGCUCUUUCUGUGACAAGUCAUGCAACUGUCAUCCUGACUGUCCAAACCGGUUCCCCGGAUGUCGAUGCAAGGGUCCUUGUACCAACAAGUCGCAAUGUCUGUGUCUUAUGGCGGCACGUGAAUGUGAUCCAGAUUUGUGUAAGAAUUGUUGCACGACAACUGGAAGUGUAUUCACAGAGCGUAACUCGUUGCCGAUUUCUCACGAGCUGAAGCAUGAUGAAGAUGUGAUAAGUGCGUUGGAGAAGGAUGAUACGGAGGAUAAAUUGAUUAGAAGGGAGUACUUGAGGAGAAAUGGAAUGAGGCAGUGUGAGAAUAAUUACAUGCAGAGACCGUUUGACUCUAGCAAGAUAGUAGUCGGUGUUUCUUCUGUGUCUGGUUGGGGUCUGUUUGCCACUUUCGCAAUCCGACAGGGCGAAUUCAUCGGCGAGUACAGAGGCGAAGUAGUGUCCCAGAACGAGGCCGAGAGACGGGGCAAAAUGUACGACCUAAUAUUCAACAGCUAUUUGUUCAAUUUGAACAGUGAAUUUGUAGUGGACGCUACGAAUAUGGGGUCCAAAAUGAGGUUUAUUAACCAUUCGGCCAAGCGUGCCAACUGCACUGCAAGAGUGGUGCAGGUUUGUGGAGAUCACAGAAUUGGAGUGUACUCGUUACGUCCAAUCAGACCAGGUGAGGAAUUGUUCUACAACUACCGUUACAGUGGCCGAAAAGGAGUGAACGGGCGCAAAGACGACAGUGCAGAUGAGGAUGACAGCGAGAGUGAAGACGAAGACGAAGAUGCAGCGGACGAGGAGUCGAUUUAUUCGGACCAUUCGGCUAAUGACGACACGGAAGAUGACGGUAAUAAAGCGGCUGGAAAGACGUUUAGUCUGUCGGGUAGUGACAAUGAAUUAGGAGACUACACGUACGAUUACUGAAGUGGAACCAGUCAAGUAUUUUUGGCUUAAUGGUUUAUUGAAGUCCACCAGAAUAUCAUUUGUCACUAAUCGUAUCUGAAUUCCGGACAUGAAAAGACGAAGCAAUUGAAACUAUUAAAACAAACCUGAAUUUGAUCCUUUGGGCUCUUUUAUGUUAGUUGAAUUGCUUGUAAUAUUUUGCUUCUGCGUUGGGUGAAGUGAUGAUAAUAUUAAUAUUUUGAUUGAUUGCAUUUGUGUUUCAGAAAGUGUCAAAAUGUUUCCGAAUUUUGUUUGUUUGAAUAUUUUCGGUGACGAGAUUUGCUGCUUCUUGAU